AAGAAGGCAGCGGAAGGCAGCGGAAGGCAGCGGACAGGAUGGGUAUGGGAGCAUGGAUACGAUAUCGAGAAAGACAGUUCCGGUCACGGUUUCUGA